GUUGGCGCCUGCUCGGCUCCCCUCAGCCGGUGGCUUCGCGGGGUGCCCCGGGAGGUGCCUGCUCGCCCGGUAAGCGCUGCCUGCUUGCCUGCCGGCCGGGGGCUGUAUGGAAGCAGAGCACGAGGGGCGACGUUAGCGCGGGUGCUGCGGCGGGGUGCCGGCCGGGUUGGGCUUAGCGACAGGCGAACAGGCAACCGCCGGAGCUGCUACAUCCGGGAAGCGGGCACCUGCCGCGUUGGGGGCCUCCCGUGACAUUGGGCUUCGGCAGCAGAAGGGGCAGGACGGCCUCAAAAGCGGGGUAGCGAGGAGGGCCUUCGCCAGCUGCAGCUAUGUUUCGUGUUAUCGUCAGCCACGCCAAGAAGCACCCCAGUUUGAUUCCUCUGUUUGUGAUCAUUGGAUCAGGAGGCGUUGGUGCAGCUCUGUACGUCAUGCGUUUGGCAGUGUUCAACCCUGAUGUCAGCUGGGACAAGAAAAAUAAUCCAGAACCUUGGAAUAAACUGGCUCCCAACGACCAGUACAAGUUCUACUCAGUUAAUGUAGACUACAGUAAGCUCAAAAAGGACCGUCCUGACUUCUAAAGAACACGCACAUCACCACGAGCCGCACAGAAAGGUCUUCCGGAAGCUGUCCGCACAAUUACCAUGCUUAAUCAUCCAGGAAAUACUCAAACAUGCCUCACGCUGCACUUGGUCAUGUGUUUGAAAGUGUUUUGAUGGGGUUUAAUAAAUGUCUGAAACUUGAA